GCAAAAUAAAGUAAAAUUGCCCACAACUUUUACCAGAUAUAUAUUAUCAUAUCACCGUCUUAUAGCUCUGCUGCACAAUUUAUUAAUGUGUGCAUUACAUCUAAGUCUCGCAAAACUUGCAGCCUAGCGACAAACCCUGAUGAACUCUAGUCAAUAGGAGAAUUAUCAGUCAUGGCUUCUUUAUUUGAGAGACCAUCACUGGUGUUCGGUGCCGCCAUUGUCUUACGCGCUAUUCUUCUUGUUUAUGGCGCCUGGCAAGAUGCCCACUCAGCCGUCAAAUACACCGACAUUGACUACAUGGUUUUCACCGACGCAGCCCGGUAUGUUUCCAAAGGCGCUUCACCAUACGCUCGAGAUACGUACCGGUACACACCUCUUCUCGCGUGGAUGCUUCUACCAACCACCUGGGAUAAUUUCUUCUCUUUUGGCAAAGCUCUUUUUGCUAUCUCUGACGUGGUGGCCGGAUGGCUCAUCGUGAAAGCGCUCAUAUCCGUUUACAGCAUGAGCCCGCCACGCGCUCUCAAGUAUGCCAGCGUUUGGCUACUGAAUCCUAUGGUCGCCAAUAUUAGUACGCGAGGAAGCUCCGAGGGUCUCCUAUGUGUGCUAGUCAUUGCCUUACUCUGGGCUGUCUUGAACAGGAGAAUCACUCUCGCCGGAGUACUUCUGGGGCUCAGCGUACAUUUCAAGAUUUAUCCCUUUAUCUACGGGCCGUCUAUUAUCUGGUGGCUGGACGAAGAGCGCGAAGGGCUGAAGGAACCUUCGCAAAAGCAAAAGCCGGAGCAAGAUCGAAAUCUCUUUACUCACAUCUUCAACUUCAUCACACCCUCUCGCCUUCUUCUCACCACCACCGCACUGGCCACCUUCUCCGGUCUCAACAUCUCCAUGUACAUCCUCUACGACUUUCCUUUCGCGCAGCAUACCUAUCUGCAUCAUUUAACUCGCAUCGACCACCGCCACAACUUUUCACCCUACAGUAGCCUCCUUUAUCUCUCCGCUGCUGGAGACGUCCAGGGAAGCUUUGAGUCUCUAGCUUUCAUUCCGCAGCUACUUCUCUCUGUCGUCGUUAUCCCAAUUGUUCUGGCUAAAAGAAGCCUGCCAGGUGCGAUGCUAGCCCAGACGUUCGCAUUCGUUACGUUCAACAAAGUGUGCACGAGCCAGUAUUUCCUCUGGUAUCUCAUCUUUCUUCCGUUCUACCUGCCGUCCUCAUCCUUGAUGAAGAACCCAAGACUAGGCAUUACCGUCAUGGCUCUAUGGGUUAUCGCUCAGGUAUGCAUACACCCUUGCUUACUUUUCGUUGCUUUUAGAGUCAAUAAGAACAUCCCACGGUUGCUCCCACGGUACUAAUGAGAAUACCAGGCGCUCUGGCUUCAGCAAGGCUACUAUCUCGAAUUUCUCGGUUUGUCUAGUUUCGUCCCGGGAUUGUUUCUCGCUGGUUUGGGUUUCUUUGCCGUGAAUAUUUGGAUUUUGGGUAUUAUUAUUAAUGAUGUUGCAUUGACGGGGUGU